GACGUCGGCUUUGAUGUCGAUUUGGGGCCUCUCUUUCAGACGCCCGAAGAGGUGGCCCAACAGGCUAUCGAUGCGGACGUUCACUGCGUUGGGGUUAGCAGUCAGGCCGCCGGACACCGAACUCUGGUUCCAAUGCUUUCGGAAGCGCUUCAAAAGUUGGGCCGACCGGAGAUAAAGAUAGUGGUGGGAGGGGUUAUACCUCCUCAGGACUACCAGUUUCUGUACGAUAAGGGCGCCGCUGCUAUUUUUGGACCCGGAACUCGUAUUCCUGUGGCUGCACUCCAUGUCCUCGAAGUUAUUCAAAAGGAUUUGAAUGAAAGACAGACUCAGAAAAUCUAA